AGCUGGCUUGCAUAUAUAAUUCUGGCUAUAGCUACUACUACCCUUCCCAUCUCUUUUCUCUCUCUAUAUAUAGAUCUAGUACAAACAACAGUUUUAGAGUCUUACUAGUACUUAGCAGAGAAAUAUAGACUGAGAGAAAGAGGGAGAGGGAGAACAUAUUAAAUAUAUAUAAAUUCUACUUGCCCUUAAACCCCUCUGGCGUGUGCUAUUAAUAUAUAGCUACAAAUUUAAAUUAGAGUGCAAAAUAAUGAUGGCAUUCCAAAGGAAGGUUCAUACCUUCUUCCUGUGCUUAUUAUCAAUCUUUGUAUUUUCUUCCCUUGUUGCUGCUGCUGCUGUGCCAAAACAGCAAGAACAAGAUCGGAUCUCAGCACUUCCAGGGCAGCCACGUGUGGCAUUCUCUCAGUUCUCAGGUUAUGUCACUGUGAACGAGCAACAUGGUCGAGCACUCUUCUACUGGCUCACUGAAUCUCCCUCUUCUCCUCAGAAUAAGCCUCUUGUUCUGUGGCUCAAUGGAGGGCCUGGAUGCUCAUCGGUAGCAUACGGUGCAUCAGAGGAAAUUGGGCCAUUCCGUGUAAACAAAACUGGAUCUUCUCUAUAUCUCAACCCAGAUGCAUGGAACAGAGGGCACUACGUCCCCCAGUUGGAAAAAAUCCAUGACUAUAAUAAAAAGAAUCCCCAAAUUAUUAAUCUCAAAGGGUUCAUCGUGGGGAAUGCUGAUGAUAGCUACAAUGAUGGGAUUGGAACUCAUCACUAUUGGUGGAGCCAUUCUAUGAUAUCCGAUCAGUCCUACAAAUCCAUCCUCAAGUACUGCAAUUUCACUUCAGAAGAAACAUCUAAAAAAUGUGAUGAUGCUUAUAGUUAUGCAGUUAACUAUGAAUUUGGAAAAAUAGAUCAGUACAGCAUCUAUACCCCAACGUGCCCAACAUCACAGAACAAUACUGUCAAACACAUACGAUUCAAGAAUCUUCAUAUGAUUUCAGGAUAUGAUCCGUGCACUGAAAAUUAUGCAGAGAAUCUUAACCUUCCCGAUUAUGAAAUAAUGGGUAGUCCAGCCGGGGACACAGAUUCUGUGGUUCCAGUGACUGCCACGAGGUUUUCUCUGAACCACCUUAACCUAAGCAUCAAAACUCGUUGGUAUCCAUGGUACUCUGGUGGACAGGUUGGUGGAUGGACAGAGGUGUAUAAUGGUCUAACAUUUGCAACAGUAAGAGGAGCUGGCCAUGAAGUUCCUUUGUUUCAGCCAAAACGAGCUUACACUCUUUUUAAGUCCUUUUUGGCAGGAAAAGAACUACCAAAACAUUGACAUGCAUGCACUGUAACACGUUCAUUCAUGUUAAACCAAUGCACCAUUCAUUUAUAUAUCUUAUAGUUUCUGCUUCCACAAUUACACAGAUUCUACUAAUAACUUGAUCGUUUUUUCACAGGAUAAAAUCUACUUCCACUAGUAAUUAAAGUCUCUGUUCAUUCACUCAGCGAGAAAUGUUGUAAUAGAGAAAUUAGAGAUCCUGUAUACAAUAAUGCUAUCAUAAGUUAUUUGUUAUUAUGUAUUCUA